UCUAAUUCCCACAAACAUCAAUCAACGUACAACCAUGAGUAAUUCUCCUCUGUUCACGUCUCAACCAUCACGGCCUCCAACCAACCAUCAUGGCUUUCACGUACUACCUGAUAAGCUCGCAUUAUUACUGGACAAAUGCAGAAAUCUCAACCAAAUUCUCCAAAUUCAUGCUGUAAUUCUCAGACAUGGCCAUGAAAACAGCUCCAUAUUGAACUUCAAGCUUCAAAAAUCCUACUCUUCUUUAGGUCAUCUUGAUCAUUCUUUCACACUCUUUAAACGAACUUCAAAUCCAGAUGUAUUCCUAUAUACCUCCAUAAUCAAUGCUCACUCUUCUAGGGGACUCAAAUUUCAAGCUUUUGAGUUGUUUGUUCAUAUGUUGAUUCAAGGUGUUGAACCCAAUGCAUUUACUUUCUCUUCGUUGCUUAAAUCAUGCUUGAUUAAAGAUGGUAUUUUGCUACAUUCCCAAGUAACUAAGCUUGGUCUUGAUGAGAAUUUGUUUGUAAGAACAGGACUUCUUGAUGUUUAUGCUAAAGGAUGUGAUGUGGAGUCUGCACGCCAACUGUUCGAUACAAUGCUUGAUAGAAGUUUGGUCGCUUCUACUGCCAUGUUAACGUGCUAUGUAAAGCAUGGGUGUCUUGAUGAUGCUAGAUUGUUGUUUGAUGGGUUGGAAGAGAAGGAUGUUGUAUGUUGGAAUGUGAUGAUUGAUGGGUAUACUCAAUAUGGAAAGCCUAAUGAUGCAUUGAUGCUUUUUGAGCAAAUGUUAAAGGCUAAAUUGAAGCCUAAUGAGAUUACUGUGUUAUCAGUAUUAUCUUCUUGUGGGCUACUUGGGGCACUAGAAUUAGGCAAAUGGGUUCAUUCUUACAUUGUAAAUAACAAAAUUCGGCUUAAUGUUCAUCUGGGUACUGCCCUUGUCGAUAUGUAUGCAAAAUGCGGUAGUUUAGAGGACGCGAGACUUGUUUUUGAUGGCAUCACAAGGAAGGACAUAGUCAUUUGGAAUUCCAUGAUUGUAGGGUAUGCAAUGCACGGGUUUAGCGAAGAGGCAUUUCAUUUGUUCGACGAGUUAUGCAAAAUGGGACUUCACCCAACUGAUAUAACUUUCAUUGGCGUGCUAAAUGCUUGUGCUCAUGCUGGUUUAGUGUCUGAAGGUAAAAAGUUUUUCGGGUUGAUGAAGAACCAAUACAAUCUUAAACCCAAGGUUGAGCAUUAUGGAUGUAUGGUAAAUCUUCUUGGGCGAGCAGGGCACUUAGAGGAAGCUUAUGAGCUCAUCAAAGGCAUGGAUGUUGAACCCGACAGUGUUCUUUGGGGAACAUUACUAAGUGCUUGUUACCUUCAUAACAAAUUUUCUCUAGGAGAGGAAAUAGGCAUGUUUCUCAUCGACAAAAACCUUGCAAGUGACGGAACAUAUGUUCUCCUGUCGAACAUGUAUGCUAAGGAAGGCAAUUGGGAUAAUGUAGCGAAAACGAGGGCUAUAAUGAAAAAGAAAGGAAUACAAAAAGAGCCAGGUUGUAGUUCCAUUGAGAUAAAUAACAAAGUACAUGAGUUUAUUGCAGGAGAUCGGAAUCAUCCAAAGACGAAAACUAUAUAUAAGAAGCUAGAAGAGAUGAAUAGACUACUAAAAGAUCAUGGGUAUUCCCCUCAAACAGAGACUGUGUUACGUGAUGUCGAGGAGAAGAAAAAAGAGCAAUGCUUAGGAGUUCAUAGUGAAAGACUUGCUAUUGCAUUCGGACUUAUUAGUACUUCUCCAGGAUGUACAAUCAAAAUUGUGAAGAACCUAAGAGUAUGUACAGAUUGUCAUACUGUUACAAAACUGAUCUCGAAGAUUACAGGGCGCAGGAUUGUUGUAAGGGAUCGGAACCGAUUUCACCAUUUUGAGGAUGGUGUUUGUUCUUGUGGAGAUUAUUGGUAGUUAAAAGUGAACAUGGUUGAUGAACUGAAAAUGUGCAAAGUUGUUCAUGUAACCUAGUGGCCUGGCUGCUGUAGGUUUUUAAAUACAUAUCAUAACUGUAGACAAAAUUAUAAGAAACUACCUAAUUUAUAGGUCUAUUUGCAAAAGAUUACCUUAUGUAUUUCUUUUUGCAAAAAAUUAACUAAUGUAAUAUAUUUCUUUGCAAAUGAUUACCGCUUAACAGAAAACUUUAUUUGACCGUUAGGU